AUGAAGUAUUUCGCAGCCCUAACCAUACUGGCCUUCACCACCAACGACAUCGCCCUCCCGGAGGCAAACCCCUACAAACACGUAUUCGCCUGGCCAGAGAAGCGCGCAGCCGCGCUCAAGCGCGAGGCCGUCCCGGGAGAAGGGUGGUGCCAAGACAUCAACCAGCCAUGCUGGAAGACAAAGACCGACACCGAGACCGAUACGGUGACGGCUAUCACGGAGACGACAAUAGAGACACAGAAACGAGACCCCGAAGCAAAGAAACCCUCAAAAUGCCUCACAACCUGGCCCGGCAGAAAACAAGGCUGGUGCCAGUCCGUAGGCCAAAGCUGCUGGAAAGUCAAACGCGCAGCAGACACCUUCGCCGUGGCCCUCGCAAAGGACGACCUCGUCGUCGACCGCGAGUCUCCGCAGGCCCUCGCCUCUCAUGCCCGGGGCGGCGCCGCGUACACGGCUAAGCGCGCGCUCAACGAGCUUGCCGACAUUGUUGCCGCUUCGCAGGAUGACCCGUUCUACUACUAUGGCGGGCUGGAUAUCGGGAACCACUUUGCGGCUGAUACGCCCGAGGCAGAGGCCGUUGUCGCGCGCCGAGACGUGGAGGCUGAGGGGGGUUGGUGCGAUAGGAAGCUUAUCGGGCAGCCGUGCUGGAAGCGCGAUGUUGAGACGAGUGGUGAUGACGUCUGUUCUGGCGAGAGGCGUUGGUGUAAUCGGCCUGGUGCACCGUGUGCUAUUGCGAGGCGCGCAGCCGAGGCACUGCUUGAUGCUAUUGAUGGCGUCGUCGACAGCGAGGAGGAGGGAAAUGAGGCUCAAGAUGCCGAGACCGAGGCCUUUUGCACCGGCCGUGAUCAGGAUUGCUGGACGCGGUCGGCUGAUCCCGCGGUGUGGAAGGCUUCUUGCGAUCUAAAGGCCAUGAAGGCUGCUGCGCGCGACCUGCUUGAGGCCGUUGCCUAG